GCAGGCGCGGCAUUACAGUCGCUGGAAGGAUACGGUUAUGUUACCACCAUAGAUCUUAAAAAAACUAAUUAAUUCCGGAAAGUUUCUCAAUAAACUGUUUGGUGUUAUCUAGAUGGCUUAACAAUGAUGUGCAGUGAUGUGAUACAUUCAUUGAAUUUAACUAUUUUAAUCGGUUUCUUAUAGUGAGAUUCAAAUUUAAGUGCGAACUAACACUGAAAUUAUAAGGUUAUUAAGUAUUGUGUAUAUUUUGUGAUUAUAAAAUAUUUUUUUUUAUGAAUUGAUAAGUUUUAAAAUAGAACAUGAAUGUCAAUUUAUUUUAAAUUUGGCGCUGGUAAAUAAAUUUAUAAUAACGCAUGAAUUGUAUACUUAUACUUGCGGUAAUUAAUUAAAAGUGUGUGGUAUCACUGCAAUGUGAUACCACACUAAUCAGCACCACGGAUAAUAGCAAGAAAGUGGAAAAGCGACCGAAAAGAAAAAGAAUUUCAGAUAUGAGGAUCGACGUUCGCGGACUAAAGUGUGCGACCGCACUACGGGCCGUCAAAGUUGCGAUGUACGAAAGUAGUUGCUCCUACAGCGGGGCUUUGGAAUUAAAACGGAGCGCUCUCAAGGAAGAACCCUGGCCAGCCACAGAAUGGCCACCUUACCGCCUUCACCAGUCCACAUUCGAGCAAUUGAAACAGAGUGUCGAGAAAGCGAAGGCCGCGCUUCAAGACAGAUCAGGUCUUCUGGGGACGGCGACGGCGUUCGGUGACUUUUAUGGGGGACAAUUUGGGCAAGAUGGCACAAGCACUAUUGGGUUCGGACGGACGUCUAGAACGGAGGAUUCAAUGCUUGGAUCUGUUGAUAAGAAUAAAGGACUAGGUACAGAGAAAUUGUCAAGCGGAUUAAGUAAGGGCUACUCAACGACUAGUCUCAGUGACUCAUUGAGAGCGACCAAAUGUUCAGAUGCAUCAUAUAAAAGUUCGUGGUCAACACAUGCAACAACACAGGGUACACAAGGCUAUGGGACAAAUUCAUUAUCAGCUAUGUCUAAAUCGACACUGGAUGCACACUCACAUCUUCGGCAACCAGAUCCAUAUCAAAUGUUCGGACCUACGAGCAGUCGUCUUGCUAAUUCAGGCUCAGGCCAGAUCCAGUUGUGGCAGUUUCUUCUGGAGUUAUUGAGUGAUUCGAGCAACGCAGGCUGCAUCACCUGGGAGGGGACAAAUGGCGAAUUCAAACUGACGGACCCCGAUGAGGUUGCUCGGCGCUGGGGAGAACGCAAGUCCAAACCAAACAUGAACUAUGAUAAGCUGAGCCGAGCUUUGAGAUAUUACUACGACAAGAACAUAAUGACGAAGGUACACGGCAAGCGUUACGCGUACAAGUUUGACUUCCAAGGGCUGGCUGCGGCGACCCAGCCCGCUGCGACAGACCAGGCGUACAAGUAUCAGAGUGACUUGUUCAUGAGCUCGUACCACCACUCGGCCAAGUUGUCGUCGUUUAUGUCACCUCACGCGGCGAUGCCUACAUCCACAGCUUCAAUAUUCCCAUCAGCAUCAUGGAGUAAUUGGGGCGGUGGUGGGAGCAACCUCUACUCCCCCCAUUCUAUGGCUCCUCCCCACGUGGCAUCGCACCUGGGAUCGUAUCCACACUACGCAUGACCAGCUUUUUAAGAACACAUAUGUAACAGUCGUUGAACUCUUAACCAAGUCAAUAGGAGCGCAACUAUUUAAAUCGUAAAUUCAUUUCAUUCUGUUAUUCAAACAAUAAAUAUAAAAAUGCAAAUGCAACGUGUUCUUUGUACUGGUUUCGUUUGCAGUAAUAGAAUGCGUUAUUUUUCACAUCUUAUACGUUAUCAAUGUGUCUUGUAGUUAGUUAUUAUGUUAAAUGGUUGAAUUCCCUUUUGAUUUGGUAACGACAAUAGACAAAGAAGCAAGUCAUGUAGGGCUACAAUGAUAGAAACCACAACGCAAUACAAAACUUGCUUCUACGCCCAGAGCUACGAAACGAUAAAAAAUAUUUAGAACGACGGUUGCCCAACUAAUAUGAUAUUUUGUUAUACAUCAUUAAUUAACCUGUUAUGAAAAGUACGUACCAAAUAGCUUUGGGCUUCAACGCAUACUACGUUUCCAUAUUUUUUUAUCUAGAUUGAUAAUUUGAAUUGCUGGUGGAUGAAGGUAAGUUUGUAUUGGUGAUUCAAAAAUUUGAAUUUUUAUUCAGUGGGUAAUAUUCUGAAAGGUGCAAAAGAUUGAGAAUAAAUUGUUUAGUUUCAAUAUGUGGGUUUUUGAAAUAAUCUUUGAUAUCUAAGAAUUUUUCAAAGUUGGAAUUAAGUUUGAAUUCUAUUCAAAAUUUUGUUUAACUUAAACUUAUUGAUUGAAAUAAACUUGUAACUUGUUGUCGAUAUUAUUUGAUUGAAAAUAAAUUGAUUUGAAUUGUCGAAAUAAACAGAAUAUUCGACCAGCAAGCACUAAAAACUUCGGGCCCACUGUAAUUUCGUUUCUUCUGCUCUAAUGUUGAGACUAAACAAAUUCAAUACGUAAUAUGAUUCAGGUUUCACGCCUAAAAUAUCGGUUGGCGUAAAAAUCGACGUCGCCGGAGCCGACGGGCGCUAUAAAACGGUUCACGUCAUUGUGAUCACGCAUACUUUGUCACGCAGAUGAUCAUGUAAAAACGUAGAGUGUGUAACUCAUUAUUUGUUAACUUUCUGAUGCCAAAGUUUGUAUCAGUCCUAAUAACUGUAAUAUUUAUUUUCAAAUACUUUAACCGAUCUUUAAAUGUAGAAUUGAUACAGUUUGAGUAUUUGUGUUGCCUGUUUAGAAGACAGAUUUCUUUGCUCACUGAUCGUUAUUUUAUUGUGAUACAAUUGUACCUACGAAAAUUAAUUUGGUAAUAACUUUUAUUUAUAUCAUAUUUUAAAUUGUGUCCUUGAUAUAUUUAUUUGUAAUAAAAAAUUUUUUAUUUAAUUUAACCUCUUAGACGCUAAUCCCAAGACUAGUCUUUUUAUUAAAAUUUUUGUAAAUACUGAAUACUCUUAAUUAGGUAUGACUUUAUUUAUGUAGGUUAUUAUAAUAAUUCCUUUUUAUGUGCCCUAUAAUCAACGUAAUAUAAUAUAACGGUGCAUGACAAAUUCAUAUUAUUGAAGAAAACAGUCUACCUGCGAUCGACUUUUAAAAUUAAAAUAAAAAACAUAUAUGUUUUAAAACAAGCUUCAUGAAACAGACAAAAUUAAAUUUUACACAAGCAUACGGACGAGAAAUGUCUAUUGUAUAUAAAUUAGGUAUGAUUUUAAAGUGCAAUCGUAUUAGAUUUGAUAAAUAGUUAUAUCAUUUUAUGUACCUAAACUUGUGUAUUAUAUAUAGUACCUAUAGACUAAAUUGAAUUAACGUAAUAAUGGGCCUAGCAUGCUUAAGUUACUGUCUAACAUGAUUGAUGAUUGGCAACGAACGAUGCAGGCGUCAUUUGCGCAUGCUAGGCUUUAGGGUGCUUGAAGCGGAUGGCACUUGGUCCUUGACAGUUGACAUCUAGAAGGUUCUGGAAACACGCUUGCCGUCGGAUUGCGCAGUAUCUUUAUUCGACGCCAAGCGAUAUUUUCGACCACGUGCAGUGCUACCCGUGUCAAUUGCAACAUAUACCCUUACUAAAUUUCCAAUAAAUAAUAGAAUGUUAUAAGUAACUAAAAUAAAUGUAAUUAAAUAUUUAAUUUAUAAGUUACGUGUUUUAGCUAAUUUUGGCAAUAGGCAACAAACCGAUGGUAAUAAUUUACGUUCAUAUCAUUCCAAAGUUAGUUUAAUUAUAUUAAUAGUUACCCUUAUUGUGAUGAUAUAAAACAGUAUUCCAGUCAAUGAUAUGUAGAAAUAUUUAAUUAUUUAAUAUUUUAAUUUUUAAAGAGUUUUAUUUAAAUGCAUGUGUCUAAUAAACAUUUAGUCGUAGUGUCAUUGUA